UCACCGCGCAUUCACUCACCGGCCGUCGACGACGCCGCUGUGCCCCGACACACGCAACUCCACGAGCACGGUCAGUCUUUUCUGUUUAGUUUUUUUUUCAUUUUUAAGUUUUUUUUUUUCGUUUCAAAAAUAUAAAUUUCGGAUAAUGUGAUUUUUAAUAAAAAAUAAAUAUUCAAAUAAACAACAAACAUUGUGGACUAAAAUCCAUUUUGGCAAUUAAUUUACAAGUAUUAUUUGUACGUGCAAUUUAUUAUUUAAGUGGAAGCGGGUCGUUAUUAUUAUUAUUAUUUUUUUUUUUCAAAUAAAUAAAUAUAUCAAGUGUUAGUUUACUUUCUUGGUUUAAAUUAUUUUUAGACGAGUGAAUAAGUGAGUGAUAUGUUUAACGUGAGAAUAUUUAUUUGGAUAAGUGUUUGUGAUUGUGCAAUUAUUAUUAUUAAUAAAAAAUUAAUACCCACAAGGAUCUGAAGGCACACGUGCUGCGGUGAAAGGCGAGAAAAAUAAAGUGGAUGGAAUUUAAAUAAUGAGAAAUAAAGUGGACCCGGCGUGAGAGACCCGAUAAGAAUAACCUGGACCCUGGUCACCGAAGGCGGACCGAACAAUAACAAUAAUAAAAUAAAUGGUAUAUAUGAUUGCAAGGUGGCUCCGACGCGCGUAACAAGUUUUGAAAAAUGUCGAGCACCGCGGAAAGUCCCGACGGUGGCAUGGCACUACAGUCCCACUACUCAUUACGGUGGAACAACCACCAGUCCCACAUUCUCCAGGCCUUCGAGGCACUCCUACACGCCGAGAUAUUCGUCGAUGUCACUCUGUCGUGCUCUGACAGCAGCUUACGUGCUCACAAAGUCGUCCUCAGUGCCUGCAGCCCCUUCUUCGAGAGGAUAUUUGCGGAGCACCCGUGUAAGCAUCCGGUGAUAGUACUCAAGGACUUUACUGGACGAGAAGUUGCGGCCCUUAUAGACUUUAUGUAUCGCGGGGAAGUAAGAGUGGGGCAUGAAGACUUACCAGGACUUAUGAGAGCCGCUGAGAGUCUACAGGUGAGAGGUUUAGCUUCUUCAGAACCACGACCUGUUAGUCCACCCGAGACACCAACGGCAGCAGAAACCCCUUCCGCUGACGACUUGCUCGGUUCAGAUCGUUUGACACCGGAGCCAACGCCACGGCAGUCGACGAGUCCGCUGGUUGACGACGAGUCUAAUUCACCAGCUCGUAGUACCGAUUUACAUCAUAAUCCCCAUCACACCCUCCACCACCGCAUUACUGGCAGUGCCAGUCCGAGUCGAGCUUAUAUGCGUGAUCGCGACAGGUUACCGCAUAUGAGCCAUUUAAAUUUUUCAUUACGGGAAUUGCGCGAGUGCACAUCUCCACUAAUGCCGAGAAGAAAACAAGCGAGGCCUAGAAGAAGAUCUGGUGAAUUGAUACCACAGGAUUUGAGUAAACCCCAUCCACAACCAAGUCCCAGUCCGCCGGGAUUGAAUUUUACGACGACAAAUAGUCAUCAUUCUCCGCAAAAUUUUCAAUCAAUUCAUCAACAACAACAACAACAACAGCAGCAGCAACAACAACAACAGCAGCAGCAACAACAACAACAACAACAACAUCUUCAACAACAACAGCAAUUAAAUAAUAGAAAUGAAGAUAUAGCAGAAAAUUUAUCAAUGAAAAGAUCAGAACCGUCGCCAAGUGAGCAUGCGAUAAAGACUGAAAGUGAGGCAGCGAGUAGUCCCAGAGGCUCACCAUUAACUGGAGCAAGUCUUCAGCCCGACAGUUCAAUCCAAGACCUUCCACCGACGGGGAUGCAAGCCCUGUCAGCGUUGUCAUUAACACCUCCUCAUCAUCACAGCGAGUACCUGGCGAGCUUAAGUCACCUGGCAGCACAAUGGGCACCGCCUACGAGUCAUCCGCAGUCUCAACUGUCGCAUCAUCACCAACAGCGUGAAGGCAGUCCUCAGGGUCCAAAUCGCCUGCACCAUCCUUUUCAGCAGGACUCACCCUUGACACCAAGAAGAUCUGUCUUCCCAAUGGACGGCUCUUCGCCCCUCGGCGGUGGUCUUUUUCCUCAUGGAGGAAUGGAACGCGGACUCUUGCUCGCGGACUUACACGACAGCUUCAAACCUGAAGCUCUUCAUGGACUUUUUGGUGGUGCGAAUUUAAUUCAUCAUCCGACGAAGAAAUCAAAGAAACACCGAGGGGAAGAUGGACCUCGCAGAUGGUCGGACCACUCGCGAAUGCCACUCGGUAGACCAAAGGGUCAACACAGCGCACCUCGUGGAGGCCCACCGAGAUCUUGGACCAACGCUGAAUUGACCGAAGCCCUCCAGCACGUUUGGAAUAAAAAAAUGACAACCUCCCAAGCAAGCAGAAUCUUCGGGAUCCCUUACAACAGUUUGCUGAUGUACGUACGUGGCAAGUACGGAAAAAGUCUUAAACUCGAGCAACUACGCAAAGACUGCACGGGAGCCACCGGCGAGGUUAUGAAUUCACUAAACAAUAAUGUCAAAGCCAUCGCCCCACCUCCCUCACAACUAACACAUCCUCUGGCAGGAUUACCACAUCCAGAUGACCCUGGAUUCCCUCCCCAUCCGCUACUGCACCAAGGAUUCUACCCGGACUUUGGCUCAUUCCCUGUGCCCGUCAACAUGGUCCAUCUGCUGCCUCCGAGUGAGCAGAAAGCCUUCGAGUCGCCCAACAACAACAAUCCCGGACUCGGCAGUCGCAGUGACAGCAGGGCCGGCGCCGGUCCCUGCGACUUAACGCCGCCAAGCCGAUCGCCUUCACCUUCACCUGGAGAACGUCUUCUUCACGAUAUUCCUCAGCCACCGCAGUCCGCGCCCGCGUUGCUUCAACAAAACGGCGCCGAAUGAGAGACGUGGAUUGACGACUGGGAAGCAGGGUAGACUGUCCCGUCCACGUGAGAGAAAUUCUUUUGUAAAAUUAAUUAUUAUUAUUAUUAUUAAUAUAAUAAUAAAAACAACAAUAACAAUAACAAUAAUAAUGAGUAAAUACUUAACGAGACAAUUUAAACAACAGUAAGGAUGUUGAUAUUGUUGUUGUUGUUGUUGCUGUUGUUGUUGUUGUUGUUUGUAUAAUGUGGCCCGUGUAAUAGGAAGCGAUGUAUAGGAACUCAGUAUCAGGAAUGAAACUAACACGCGUAUCAAAUAAUUGAAUAUUGUAAUGUAAAAAAGAUAUAGCGGCUAAAGUCAAAGAGUUUUUAGCCGCGAGGAAAAAUGUCUCUCUUUUCUCAUAUUUUUAUUAUUUUUUUCUUUCUUUUUUUUUCAUUCGUUUGGUGCAUGGAUGCUCUAGCUCUGAAUAAUCUCAUGUUUGUCAGCAAGUGUGCGUGUAUCUGGAUCAGUGUGCGGGUGUGUGUGUGUAUGUGCGUAUAAAGGAAGAAAGGAUGAGAGUAAGAAUGAGGGAGUGGUAACCGGAAGGAAAACAAGCGCCUCUUUUAGCCGUCGUUCAUCCUCUCUAAUGUAAAGAGAUCUGCAGUGCAAUGGUUUAAAUUUAAAGGGAACUUUUGAGACGACGGUUUUCGGAGCUGAGAAAUAACGGAAUCCAACGUAAAAUAUAUAUAUACAUGCAUAUAUUUAUAUGUACGUAGGGUUCUGACGCGGAAAUAAACGGAGAAAUUUUUUUUAGUUAUAUAUAUUUAUAUAAAUAUGUUUUUUUUUUAUUUUUAUCAUUAUUUUUAUUUUCGCGUUAGGUUAUCGCGUUGCUUUGCUUUUUUGUCGGGAAACGAGCGAAAAAUGAAAAAGAAACGAAGAUAUAUUAUAAUAAGGUGUCUAUAUAUAUAUAUAUAUAUAUGCAUAUAUAUUUGUGUAUAUAAAUAUUUUGAAAAAGCACGGGAACGGUGCAAUAAUUGAUGCAAUUCCAAAAUUUGUUUUUAGUUGUAAAUAUUUCGUUUCUGAAUUAUUUGAUACUUGAAUUGUUUAUAUUUUUAAAUUAAAAGUUUGUUAAUAUUAUUGAUUUAUUAAUUAUAAAUUUUAAUUGAAUUAUUGGCGUUUAAUUGGUGGAGUCGAUGAGAGCGAGAUGAUUAUUUGAAACAUUUUUCCAAAGAUCGAGGGCAAUUUAAAUAUAUAUAUUUAUAAUAUAUAUAUAUAUUUUUUUUUCGUAAUAAGAAGAAGGAUUUACCAAAUUAAUAAUAUUUAAAUAAAAUAUAAAUACGUGAAUUGUUUAAAUAAAUUAAAUUUAAAAAAAAAAAAAAAAAAAUAUUAAGCUCGUAUCGUAGAGAAAACAGUUUUGACGAAUAAAAUAAUAUUAUUAAAGACAGUAAGUUAAUUUAAAUAAAUAUUUGGAUAAACCAUAACUAAUAAUAAUAAUAUUAAUAAUAAUAAUACUAAUAAUAAUAAUAAUAUUAAAAAUAAAUAAAUAUUUGGACAAAACCAGACGGAAGCGCAGGGUAACUAACACAUCAGGGAUAGCCACAGACAAAUCUACGAUAGAUGUUGAAAAAAUAAUAAAAACAUAUUAAAAAUAAAAGAAAUAAACUUAUAGAGAGUAACUGAUGAUAAAUAAUAUAAUACACGCGAUUAUUAUUUUGUUUCAAAAUUUUCUACAGGAUAUUUGAAGGAAGCGAACGUGUAAGGGGAUAAUGAAACAUAUAAGCGGGUGAGUCGGGGGUUUUUAAGCGGGAGGGAAACGGGUAUCGUCAAAUAGGGAUGGAAAUUUAUAAAAUUCACUAAACAGAUAUUAAAUCUCGUGUCGCGUCAAGUCAAGUCGCGUAAACCAGAGUAAAGUCCCGAGUCGAAAUUUAGAGCCUAUAUAGGUCCCUAUAGCCCUAAAUAGAUCCGAUUUAGAGCCCUGUAGUCCUGUAGCUCCGACUUUGAACCCGGAGGUCCUAACAUUCACUGAGAGGUCCGAUUUUGAGCCUUCAAGUCCGACAAUAUUAGUCCCGUAAUAAAUUUCGAUUCAUUAUAAUUGAAUAAUUUAUGAUGAUUAUUAUUAAUUAAUAUUAUUAUUAUUACAAUAAACCAGGGCUUACAGGCCCUAAAUCGGACCUAAUUUUAAUUUUCAUCAGGUCCUAGAUUGAGCCCGCAAGUGCCGAAAACGGAAAUUUGUAGCACCUCAGGGACCAAAAUCGGGCCUAAUUUAACAUAGAAACAGACUCUAUUUAGAGCCUCCAAGUCCGAAAUAGGUCCGACUUUAAAAGGCUCUAAAUUUCGACUCGGGGUAAUUGCAACAUUUUCGAUCCGCGAAAAGACUUUAAUUGAGUGAAUGGAUUUUAUUAAAAACUUAAAUAAAAUACAAGCCUUGCUUGUGUUUAUAAACAGGGUUACGUGUGUUGUUGUACCGGUCAUCUUUUUAAAAGGUACAAGUAAAACACAAUUUUUUAAAAUUAUUAUUAUUAUUAUUUAUAUUUUCGAGCGAAUGUUUUUUAAAAUAAAUCAAUAGACAUGUGAUAGGCACCACGUGCGACUUCAGUAUUAUUUUGCAGAAGAAAAAACAAAAUAAAUAAUAAACAAGUAAACAAACAAAUGAGUAUUUAAUAAAUAAAUGAAAUUAAUGAAUGGUUAGGUAGAUUUUAAAGUUUAAAGUGCUUUGGGUGAUAGAUUUUUUCCCUUAGGUUAUUAUUUGCUAUUUUUUAAAUUUUAUUUAAAUAUUUUUUCGUGCGUUAUUAUUUUUUAACCUCACGCACAAGAGACUUAAGAGAACAAAGAAUGAAAGAGAUUUUUUUAAACAAAUGUAAAAAAAGGUUGUAUUCGAAAUUCACAAUCCGAGCGUCGAUGACGCAAUACGACUGAUUAAAACAAAUAAUAAUAAUAAUAAUAAUAAUAAUGAUAAUGAUAAAUAAUAAUAAUAAUAAAUAAUAAAUAGUAAUGAUAAAAAUAGCUGCCGGUUAGGUACCAUAUCGUAUCGCUAUUGUUAAACGUUGCAACAUAUCAAUUACCUCUAUCAAUAUUUGUUACAUGUAUUUUUAAUUGAUUAUAUAUUUGUUUCUGGCAAUACUUUAAUUAUAUUUAUUAUAAUUAUUAUUAUAUAAUUACGGGAAUAUUUUUAAAUGAAUUUUUUAAGGCUGGUUGGCUGAUUGCCUAUCAAUUUUAUUCUAAAUAAAUAUAAAUAUAUAUACAAUAAAUGACAGAGAUAACUGAUAAUAGAUUUACUACAGAUAUUAAAUAAUUAAAGAUUUAUUUUCAAUAAGUCUAUUGACUCCUCAGUUCCUACAACAUUUUAAACAAAUAUAUUCUCGUUACGCUGUGCUAUUUUUUUAGUUUAUCUUUAUUUUAAAUAUGUAAAUAGUUUUUAAAUUCACUCGGAUACAACCUUACGAUCGAUUUUAAUCCAUAUAUAUUUUUGAUUUGAAUUUAUUUAUAAAUACUUGUAUAUUUAAAUCGGGGAAUCCUCGAUUUAAUAUUUUUAACGUUCGUCGAUUGGGUAGAGAUUUUAAAAGUUAAACUCUGAGAAUGCGGCUUUAAAAAGCCCACGAGAUGGCGGCACAAUUUACUUUACAAUUUUACGAAACAACAACAAUUUUAUCUUGCGGUCUUUAGUUUGCCGACUUGAGAUCAGACCAAAAAUAUAUUAAAUUAAAGUCGAUCUAAUUUAAAAAAAUGAAAAUAAAAAAAUGUUAAAUGUAUAAAUGCGUGCAUGGAGUUUGUCUCCCUAGCCUCUUGCUAAACAAUAAUAAACAAUAAUAAAACCAACAUUUCAUUGUUGAUAAUUUGUAAUUAUAAAUAACAAGUGAUAAUUUAAUUAAGCGCCACCCGAUACGAUAUUUAAAAAAAAAUAUAUAACAAUGAUAUAUUUAUUAUAUGUACCAUAAUACAAUAACUAUAUAUAAAAAUAAUAAACAGAGAAAUAAAUGCCUCCACCCAGUAUAUUUUUUACAGGUUUACAGUUUAUAAUAUUUCAUAUUAAAGCAAAUAAUUAUAAAAUAAAAAAAAAUAUAUAAAAAAAAUAUUACAUCAAUUUUUUAACGUUAACAAUAUUUUAAAUAAAUAGAAAAAAAAUAAUAAAAAUAAAACAAUAAAGAUCGGAUUGAGUCGACACUCGUGAUAUCACACUUUAAAUCCCUGGCCACGGGGACCAAAUAUAUUUUUAUUGCAAAUAUACAGAUAUAUAUAAAUAAAUAUAACUAUUACUACUAUUAUGAUUAUUAAUAUUAAUUUAUCCGGUUACAGUUCGAUAAAAUCACAAGUGUCGAUUUAAAUGAUCUUAUUAACGAUGGAUGCUACAUACAUGUGAUACAUACAUUUACCGCUGGUUACUUCCUGGCAUUAAUUAUCAGAUUAAUUUAUUAACUGUAUAAUUAAUCGCCCCACUAGUUCACUCACGCACUUUAUCACAAUUAUAAAAGGAUUUAUUGCCGGAAAUUUAUAAUAUUUUAUUAAUUCGCUAUUUUAUUUUAAAUAUAUAAGAGAGUAGCAAUGAGGCUAGGGACCAUUUACGGCUUUUUUUAUUUUAAAUAACAAGAAAAAAAUUUUUUUUUUUGUAAACUAGGUGAUUUAGUGAUUAUAAUUAACAUUUGGUAAUUUAUAAAAUUCGAAACAACAAAAAAAAAAAUGUAAUCUUCCUCUCCUCGACACCCUCGUACUUACCGACCUAAACCUUUGAAAAUAAUUAUCUAUUAAUCCCUAAAUAAACUGUACAUACCAAUUGUAAAAAAGGAGUUUUAUUACUUAAUUAUUUUGAACCUUUUGAUAUUAUUUUUUAAGGUAAUCCUCUAGCUGGUAGACUCACCAUUGGUUUACAUUGUAUUUAUGGCAAUUUAAAUUAAAUGUACAUUUAUAGAGUAAGAUAAUUAAAUUAAUUAUUUGUUAACGUCGAAAAAAUAAAUAAUAAAUUAUUUAAACAUUA